GCGUAGCAGCCACAAACAGGAAGAAAACAUCCAGCUGUUAUCCUGUCCUGUCUAUGCUGCUGUUAUCUAGCUAGCUAGCUAGCUAAACUGGGAGAUAUCUGGCCAGCUUAGCAGCCUGUGUAGCAUUGACACAGUCAUAAAACGGCCUUGAGAGUCGAGAAUACACUGGUGUCUUACCAUGAUGUGUCCGGAGUAGUGACUGUAUCGACAGACACUCAGGGAAUAUAAUUCUCCUCGACUUUCUCCGGGUCCGAGUGUCACAACAAGGUGUGAAUGAGUGACGUGGUGCCUCCCACAGCUCUCAGUGAAGUCCAGCUCCGCUUCCUCUGCCACGAUGACAUAGACAAUGUCAAGCUGCUCUGUGGUGAUUGGUUCCCAAUCGAGUACCCAGAGUCAUGGUAUCAGGACAUCACCUCCAACAAGAAGUUCUUCUCCCUCGCUGCCACCUUCAGAGGAGGCAUCGUGGGAAUGAUUGUGGCCGAGAUCAAAGGCCGGACCAAAGUACACAAAGAGGAUGGAGACAUCCUGGCCUCCAGUUUCCCCGUGGACACACAGGUAGCCUACAUCCUCAGCCUGGGAGUGGUCAAAGACUUCAGGAAACAUGGCAUAGGCUCCUUACUGCUGGACAGUUUGAAGGAGCACAUCUCGACGACAGCCCAGGACCAUUGUAAGGCCAUCUACCUACACGUCCUCACCACCAACAACACUGCCAUCCACUUCUACGAGAACAGGGACUUCAGUCAGCACCACUACCUGCCCUACUACUACUCCAUACGAGGCGUCCUCAAAGAUGGAUUCACAUAUGUGCUCUACAUCAAUGGGGGUCAUCCGCCCUGGACAAUAUUUGACUAUAUCCAGCACAUCGGUUCCACCCUGGCCAGCCUGAGCCCGUGCUCCCUCCCUCAGAGGCUGUACCGGCAGGCCCAGUCCCUGCUGCGCUCUCUGCUGCCCUGGUCCAACAUCGCCUCCAAGACCGGCAUACAGUACAGCAGAACAAUGUGACCCACAACAUGGUGUGCAGUCGUUUCUCAUCAGUCUUCCCCUGUACACACCAAGAUGUACAAGCACACUCACAUUCUUCGAUCUCCUACGGCUUUCCACACCCUGCGUUUGACACAGGCCUCAGGUUCAACCUGCGUUUUAUUUUUUAUUUUUUUUGACUGUUCACACACUAGAAAAUGAAUCCCGGUACAACACUCGUCUGUCACUGUUCACCCAGGAUCCCAGUUUGCAGCUUUAGUCCUGCGCCCCGAAGGGAUACAGGGUUGUUGCAUUGCAACGUCACCGAAAGUGCAAUGUUGGAUUAUUUUCUGGUAAAACCAUGGGAUUUCCUUUUAACUACUUUGUUACUAUACUACCCUGUAUAUAUACUACACUACCCCAUAGUUCCACCAGUAACCUGUGUUCACCCAGUCAUACCAAAGCGGAGCAGUGUCAGACCCACUUUCAACCCAGGCAACAGAGCAAAGCCAAGGACCUGGUUCACAUGUUCACCCAGACACACAAGACGGCAAACACAGGUCGUAGUUUUGGUGUCAAAAGGGUGUAACACACACAAACACAAACAAACAAACAAACAAACAAACACCCACUAAGAAACCCCACAGAGACCAAAAGGUUCAACCCUGCCUAUUUGUCCGUCUCCUUUCAUCCUGUCCACCACUGUCACAGAGACUCUGUAUAUUGUUUGUAUAUUAUAUAUACUAAGCUAAUAUAUAAAUUUAUCUCAAUAUGUAUGUCUAUUCUAUGCUGUCAGUAGUCCUAGUUGAAAGAUAACCAAUCCUGUUUCCCCUUUUUUUUCUUUUUUUUUGGAGUAUAGAAUGAAUCCAGAGUCAAUUCCACUUUGUAAAAUAGAGACUCAAGAACAGGCUAAAUUGAAUUGGUCUGUGAAUCUAUCUAGCUAUGUUAAUAGGCUAGUAGUGUAGAAUAAAGCCAGUUAUACGCAGGAAAAAUUUUGAGACACAAUGUAGACGGGUGAUAUAUUUAGGAGCAACUGGAGUUUUCAAAAAGGAUUCUUCCCCUUUUGAAAAUCGUGAUAUUGUCUGAUUUGCCGCGCGCAACAAUUGUACUGGAAAUUGAACUACAGAAAGAUAUGAACAUGUCAAAGUAUGGUACUCAGUACUUGCAACACGAAAUUAGUAAGUACAGACACCUCACAUUAUGCAGUGCUGUUUGAAAGUCUUACAUAAAAAUAUGAUCAAAACCAGAAGCUUUUUUUUACAUGUUUCUAAAUGUUGCCCAUGUAUAAUUCAUACAAGAGUAAAGGGGGAGCGGCUCGGGUCCUUAUUUUAGAGAUUUUAAAAAAAAAUGGCUGCAGCCCUGUCUGUCUGCUCCAUGGCUGUAAAAUUGCUGCUAAUGUAGAGAAAUGUCCAUUUGUUUGUCCAGAUUUUAAAAUAUGGCCUAGAUUAGAUUUUUAUGCGGGCCUGUAGAAGAGAUGAGGGAAAAGGAUGUAAUGCUCCUGAACACACACAUCAUACACUGUGUGUGUGUGUGUGUGUGUGUGUGUGGGUGUGUGUGUGUGUGUGUGUGUGUGUGUGUGUGUGUGUGUGUGUGUGUGUGUGUGUGUGUGUGUGUGUGUGUGUGUGUGUGUGUGUGUGUGUGUGUGUGUGUGUGUGUGUGUGUGUGUGUGUGUGUGUGUCCAAGAUUAGCACCCAGCAAGUGCCAAAUGUUGGUCUGAAUUGUCUGUGGAAAACAAAUUAGUAAAGUUCACCCAACAUGUUGACUGGUAACUUUGACAGUGAGUAACAUUGCAGUUUCUUAAUUUUAUUGCAUCUAUGUGGCACCUGAUCCGAUGUAGUCAGUGAGCAAAUAGAUUUUAUUCAGAACAUAGCACUGAAAAAGGUAAGGGUAACUGUGAAAAAUGUGUAUCCAUUGUUAAAAAGUGAACGUUUCUGAGUUCACCAGCCCUGGGCAGGUAACUAAAGUAAAUUUCAGACAUUGUGUAUGCAAUAAAUUUGUUUUAUUUGACUGACUGAUUGUAAAGACUGAGUCAGUGUGACUGCCCUUGCUGUAUGACUAUUUAACAUUGUUAUAAUGAUUGUCAUUGUGAUUGUCCUAAACCGGAGCCUUGUUUUCAUUCACAAUUAGCCAUGGUUUCAACUGUUUGUCCUGACCUUUUGCUCCUACACCUCCCAUAAUGCAAUGUGAUAGCAUCUUUUGUUAAACCAGUCUGACUGGUAAAUCCCUUUCAGACUUCCAGUCAGGUGUCUGGGCUUUAUCUUAAAAAAGGGUGUCCAACUUCCAAGAGAUAACCCUGAUAACCCAUUCAGGCUUAUUUUCUUAAAAUGUGGAAAGCUCCCACGGAGUCACAGAAGACUACAUACCGGUAGUUUCACAGGCUGUAUAGUACUCCCCAUGAUGCGUAAACUGAUCUUGUGUAAAUACACUGUAAAAGGCUUCCAUUGUGUCCUUUCCACCUUAAACAUCUGGUGCAACAUAGGCGCAAUAGUAGCAUUAGCAUCCUGCCAAAACAAUGCAUCUCAAGAACCUCAGCACCUGUAGAGAACAGAAUAAAUUGUUUGGGGGGGGGGUGUUCUUGAUUUUCCCAUUAAGUCUUUUUUUUUUUUUUUUUUUUUAUUCAGUGCAUACAAAGUGGCUUUACUCAAUCCAGGACCAUAAAGACUUUUCUGCACAAUAUUGUUUCAAUAAUGGGUUAAAAAAAAAAAAAAGAAGAAGCAGGUUUUGUGUUAAAAUUCAACAGUGUGUUUGUACAUUGUACAUGUUUGUUGUUACAUAACUGGUGCUCUUGCCAGGGGCAAGAAGAGGAAUGUGUCCUUGGCUGAAGGAUCAUUCAUGACUUCUAUUUUCGCCUAUGGGGCUCAAACAGUUGGACCUGUUUUGUAAUGUAACUUAUCAUAAACUGCACAGAAGCAGUCAACUUCCAAUGUUAAGCUGAGGGAUACCCUGAAGAGGCUAAUUCACUUUUAAAACCGAUUAAAACACAAAAAGUACAAUUAAGGUCUCUACUUAGCGGUAAAUCUGUAUGUUUUUUUUUUUUUUGUAGACUUGGUAGAUGUACAGCCACAAAAUGAAAAUGUCCAAUCCUACUUUAGGAAAAGUCCCUGAUUUUACCUGUACAUUAAGUGUGGUGUUUAUUUCCAAACAGGCUGAAGGUACACGUCGAGAAUACCUAUUAAAGAUUUUCCUCAGAAUGGAUCUACGUUGUCCUGUACUAAUCAGGUUUUAAAAGGCCAAGAGAAUCAUCAUCGUUUGCGGGACGCUGCUGCAGCAGCCGUUGUUGUUCUGCUGUCCAACAGUCAUCAAAAUGUUCUCAGUAUUACAGAGGAUCUAAGACCAUUCAUUAAUUAAUGCAGUCACCACUGAAGCAGAGCAUAGAUUUCUUAACAAAUUUCACCCUGUGUCAGAAGAAUACAUUGCCAAUGUCCAACUGUAUUGAUUUCAAUUUUGGCCACAUUGACAAAGGGGGGGUUACUGUGAAUAAAACCCUUUUAAAGAA